ACAUUUUUGACACAUUAUGUUACAUUUCAGGUGUACAUGCCAUUUCUGGAAAAAGACAGAUUGGAUUCAUUUGACAGGUUGUUUAUGAACUUGGUUUAAACAAAAUCCUAUGUAAGUAAUUUUCUACUUUUUGCCACUUUUGAUUCACCAUUCACUCAGUGAUUAAUUUACAGUAUGUAGAUGUGUUUUACUUUUUUUAAACAAUAUCCCACAGGCCUUGUCAUAAUUUCCACAUUACAUCAAAUUAAAGUGUUUACAUUUCCUGCAAUAAGGUGAUCUCUUACUAACCAGAUACUGGAAGUCCACAUCAUGAUUGGAUUUUAUUAGGAUGGGGACAUCUGCUUAGCAACAAAUUGAUGACUUGCUCAUUAGAGUGUGAGAAGAACGCUAAGAGCAAUCCAUUUGUCCCUGGAAAUGUGCCGGUACCAUGAAUUAAUGCUAGCAGCAGGAGAGUGUCCAGCAGUGAUUGUAGACCAACACACAGGCAGAGAGUGCAGUGAGAGUGAGAGUGAGUAUGAGAGUGAAAAAGAAAAACAUUAAUAGCUAAAUGAUAAAAGGAUAGAUAGAUUGAUAGAGAGAUGGACAGACAGACAGGCAGACAGACAGGCAGGCAGGCAGACAGACAGACAGACAGACAGACAGACAGACAGACAGACAGACAGACAGACAGACAGACAGACAGGCAGACAGACAGACAGACAGACAGACAGACAGACAGACAGACACACACACAGACACACAGACACACAGACACACAGACACACAGACACACAGACACACAGACACACAGACACACAGUUAGGUAGAUAGAUAUGGAGGCAAGUGGGUAUGGUAGAUUGGUGGCAAUAGUUAUGCAACUCCCAGCUGUGAAAAGUUUCUGAGUUCGAGUCCUAAUCUCGGCACACUACCUUUACGCACCCUAGAGCAAGAAGUGUAUGCUUAUUAAUGACAUAUCCAAAAACGAUAAUCACUGCUAGCUGCUGUUUGAUAACUUUCCUCCUGCUAUGGCUGUCUCGUUGUGUUAGUUGUUGCCCUAUAGGCUGCUGUAGCCUGAGCUUUUAGCUUGCUUACUUUAAACCUAGUAAAUUGCUAAAUAAAAGACGUUAAAUAAACAUGUGACCCAAUUUGUAAAUAGCCUGCCCCUCUUUGGUGCCAUGUCGCUCAUGGAGUCAGGAGCUGGGAUUGGUUAAUGACUUCAUUAGCUGAAGGGAAUGUACUGGCGCUCUCCCAGUUAAUGAUUCAUCUAACGGAACAGGUCCAGUCUUCCCUUUGUCUGAGAAACUCACACAGGACACAUCAGACACGGGCCUCCUGAGAUGUGCUGAACUUCAUACAGCUGUAUUUAAAUUAACAUUCAAGAAUUCUGGUAAGGAAACUAUUUUAUUUAAAACUAAAGCAAGUGGAAUUUGGGGACUUUUGGUGACUUUGGCGAUUGUACUAUUCUGGUUACGCAUACAAUUAUAUUCUGUCUAGUAUUAAUGAAGUAAUUGCUGUUGAUUGUUGGACCUUGAAAAUAAUAGCAAUGUUAUGAUAGAGAUUCAAAAGCUCUUUAUAAUAUUCAUAAUCAUACGAUUUCAUUUUGUUGGGAAAAUACAAUUGGCUUUUGAUGAUGCUAGAAUUGGGCUUUUAGGUGUUUUUUCUAUUUGUCCAUGUGGGCCUACAGGAAAGUUGGAGUGCCUACAUCACAUUGAUGGAUAUCUCUCGAUUAUGAAAUCCACCACACAAAUUGGACACUAUUAUAUCUGGAGAGGCUUACCAACAGAAAACCAAUGUGCAUCAUCAUCUCCAUAACGGUUCUACUUUGUUCAGCAUACCAUUAUAGAAAGUGGUUGUGUAAAAUGGAAUCCUUCCACAAAAACAUCUCUCUGUAAUGUUUAUGUUUGUAGUAAGUGGCCCUCCAGAUAUUCUCUUAAUGGCCGCUGCCAUCGUACGGCGGCACAGCGUUUUUUUUUUUCUUCCAGGAUUAGAAGCCAGAUGGAGGGCCCGGCCAUCACACUUUUCCAUGGUGACCGCUUUUUACAAGCCAGCGCGUUCUAGACCCCAUCGCUCGCAGGAAGCCUGCUCACUCAAGCGUGACUCUCUCCCUCUCUCGACGUGCGAGCUGAGGCACUUCAAGCAGCGUCCGUAUAAUCUGCUGCCCUGGGUGACGACGGGAAUAUAAACACCGGCUAAUGCUCAUACUUCCAGGGGGAGACAUAACUAUAAAAUGAUGCAGAAAAGGACAGGAACCGAUAAGAUAUUUUGAAAACAAUUCGUACAAUACUUUGGUGGUAACCACUGGGUUGGAGGAAGCUCUGUAUGCCAUUCACUGGGCAUUCCUACAGGUUCCCUUAGGAAUUGUACAUAUUCAUACAACACAAUAGUGUUAAUUUUAUAUUAAUAUUUCCAUUAUUGCAUAUGCAUAGUAAUGGUAUAAAGUCAUUGAUGCUAAAUUGAAUUGUUGUUUCAGCGAAGUGUAAAGAAAAGUGCAUUUUCCCAUGUUAGACACUUAAUGGAAACGUGUAAUGUUUUCUUGUUCCUGCAGGCGUUUUUUAAACCGUACAACCAUGAGCGGGACCAAACCAGAUCGCAGGCAGACCUAUGGACCACAAUGAGGCCAUCAGGGAGCUUCUGAAGGAAUACAAUCUUUGUUUGACCAAAGGAAGGGAUGGCGUUUUUACUGGGCUAUUAUCUGCUGCUCCUGGGGUCCGUCCAGCUGACCUCAACCUACGGGCCCUAUCAGAGAGCACAGAAGACCGGGGAUAUUCUCCUUGGGGGUCUCUUCCCCAUACACUUUGGAGUCGCUUCUAAAGACCAGGACCUGGCGGCCAGGCCAGAGUCCACUCAGUGUGUGAGGUACAACUUCAGGGGCUUCCGCUGGCUGCAGGCCAUGAUCUUCGCCAUCGAUGAGAUCAACAACAGCAGCUCCCUCCUGCCCAACAUCACCCUGGGCUACAGGAUCUACGACACCUGCAACACCGUGUCCAAGGCGCUCGAGGCCACGCUGAGCUUCGUGGCACAGAACAAGAUGGACUCCAUCAACCUGGACGAGUUCUGCAACUGCACCGACCACAUCCCCUCCACCAUCGCCGUGGUGGGGGCGUCAGGCUCCGCCGUCUCCACCGCCGUGGCCAACCUCCUGAGUCUGUUUUACAUCCCUCAGAUCAGUUAUGCUUCCUCCAGCCGGUUGCUGAGCAACAAGAACCAGUACAAGUCCUUCAUGAGAACCAUCCCCACUGACGAGUACCAGGCCACUGCCAUGGCCGACAUCAUCGCCUACUUCCAGUGGAACUGGGUCAUCGCCGUGGCCUCGGACGACGAGUACGGACGCCCGGGCAUCGAGAAGUUUGAGAAGGAGAUGGAGGAGCGGGACAUCUGCAUUCACCUAAACGAAUUCAUCUCACAGUACUUUGAAGACCACGAGAUCCAAGCCUUGGUGGACCGCAUUGAGAACUCCACGGCCAAAGUGAUCGUGGUUUUCGCCAGUGGUCCCGACGUGGAGCCCUUGAUCAAGGAGAUGGCCAGGAGAAACAUCACCGACCGCCUCUGGCUGGCCAGCGAGGCGUGGGCCAGCUCCUCGCUGAUCGCCAAACCAGAGUACCUUGACGUCAUGGCCGGCACUAUCGGCUUCGCCCUGAGGCCUGGCCAUAUUCCGGGGUUCAAGGAGUUCCUCCAGCAGGUGCAGCCCAAGAAGGUCAGCCACAACGAGUUCAUCCGGGAGUUCUGGGAGGAAACCUUCAACUGCUACCUGGAGGACAGCUUGAGGCUGCAGGAGAGCGAGAACGGCACAGAGAGCUCGCGGCCGCUGUGCUCGGGCGAUGAGGACAUCACCAGCGCUGAGACGCCGUAUCUGGACUACACGCACCUCCGUAUCUCCUACAACGUGUACGUGGCCGUCUACUCCAUCGCCCAGGCCCUGCAGGACAUACUCACCUGCACCCCUGGCAGAGGGCUUUUCGCUAACAGCUCCUGCGCAGAUACGAAAGAUAUGGAGGCGUGGCAGGUCCUGAAGCAGCUGAGACAUUUGGAUUACAUCGACAGCAUUGGGGAGAAGGUACACUUUGAUGAGAACGCUGAGAUGUGGGGGAACUACACCAUCAUCAACUGGCAUAGGUCAACAGAAGAUGCGUCCGUGGUGUUUGAGGAGAUCGGCUUCUACAACAUGCACAUCAAAAAGGGAUCCAAGCUCUACAUCGACAAUGCCAAGAUACUGUGGAAUGGAUACAGCACAGAGCUGCCGUUUUCAAACUGCAGUGAGGACUGCGACCCAGGCACCAGAAAGGGCAUCAUAGACAGCGAGCCCACUUGCUGUUUUGAAUGCAAAGAGUGCUCUGAUGGAGAAUACAGUAACCAUAAAGAUGCCAGUGUUUGCACCAAAUGUCCAAACAACUCGUGGUCCAACGGGAAUCACACGUUCUGCUUUCUGAAAGAGAUCGAGUUCCUCGCAUGGACGGAGCCCUUCGGCAUAGCCCUGACAAUAUUCGCAGUGCUGGGAGUCUUGCUGACGGCCUUCGUCCUAGGGGUGUUUGCCCGAUUCCGCAACACUCCCAUCGUGAAGGCCACCAACCGGGAGCUGUCCUACCUCCUCCUCUUCUCCCUGGUCUGCUGCUUCUCCAGCUCUCUUAUGUUCAUCGGCGAACCCCAGGACUGGACGUGCCGCCUGCGCCAGCCGGCCUUCGGGAUCAGCUUCGUCCUCUGCAUCUCCUGCAUCCUGGUCAAGACCAACCGCGUGCUGCUCGUCUUCGAGGCCAAGAUCCCCACCAGUCUCCACCGCAAGUGGUGGGGCCUGAACCUGCAGUUCUUGCUGGUGUUCCUGUGCACCUUCGUCCAGGUGAUGAUUUGCGUGGUCUGGCUCUACAACGCCCCGCCGGCCAGCUCCAAGAACCACGACAUCGAUGAGAUCAUCUUCAUCACCUGCAACGAGGGCUCCAUGAUGGCCCUGGGCUUUCUGAUCGGCUACACCUGUCUCCUUGCCGCCAUUUGCUUCUUCUUCGCGUUCAAAUCGCGCAAACUCCCGGAGAACUUCACAGAGGCGAAGUUCAUCACGUUCAGCAUGCUGAUAUUCUUCAUCGUUUGGAUCUCAUUCAUCCCGGCGUACUUCAGCACCUACGGCAAGUUUGUGUCGGCGGUGGAGGUGAUCGCUAUACUGGCGUCCAGCUUCGGCCUUUUGGCUUGCCUCUUCUUCCACAAGGUGUACAUCAUCCUCUUCAAGCCCUCCAGGAACACCAUUGAGGAAGUCCGCUGCAGCACCGCGGCGCACGCCUUCAAAGUGGCUGCCAAAGCCACCCUCAAGCACAACACGGCGUCCAGGAAGAGAUCAGGCAGCAACGGCGGGUCUUCAGGCUCAUCCCCCUCCUCGUCCAUAAGCCUCAAGACCAACGGUAACGACUGUGAGCCCAGCGCAGGCCAGCCCAGGAUCCACAGGCCCAGGGUGAGCUUCGGGAGUGGAACAGUCACUCUGUCCCUGAGCUUCGACGAGUCGAGAAGGAGUUCAGUCAUGUGAUGUAACCUCACGCUUGGGAACAUUGCAAGCCCAUUGCGAAUCCAUUGGCCAUUCCCUUAUUUGAAGUCCAUAACCAUUAAAAUGUCUGUCUGAUAUGAUGACAAAGAUGGCAUACUGUAGAUGUUGAAACUUGGUGAUUCAGAAUUGUAAAUAAUUUUCACAUCAACAUCAACUUGGAAUAUUUAUUGAAAUGAUUUGGACUGUACAGUAAAUCUUUACAUUUCAUUUGACUAUGUAAUAGAUGCAAUUUGUUUCAAUUAGUCAACUUAUUCAAUAUUCCGUACAUUGUAUUCUCGUUUUCUCAAUAAUUAUAACAACAUGGUAAAUAAUUAAUUAU